AUGGAUACUCCGAAGGAGCCCGGUUUUACUCCCAGCAAAGAAGGAUUCAAGCAACUGGCGGGGAAGACGCUAGGGCACUUCUACAGAGUGUUGGAGAAACGACAGAAAACUGGAGAAGUAAUUGAAUUAACUGAAGAUGGACGACCAUCUCAGACCAACGUGAAGAAACAACCACUUUGCGACUGCACGUGCUUCGGUCUCCCGCGUCGCUAUAUCAUCGCCAUCAUGAGUGGCCUAGGCUUCUGCAUUUCUUUCGGUAUUCGAUGCAACUUGGGCGUGGCUAUUGUGAGCAUGGUUAACAACAGCACCAUUCACCAAGGCGGGAAAAUAAUCAUCAAAGAGAAAGCAAAGUUUAAUUGGGACCCGGAGACUGUUGGGAUGAUCCAUGGCUCAUUUUUCUGGGGUUAUAUCGUUACUCAAAUUCCCGGUGGCUACAUAUCUUCGAGACUGGCGGCCAACAGAGUUUUUGGUGCGGCCAUACUUCUUACCUCGACUCUCAACAUGUUCAUUCCCUCUGCUGCACGUGUGCAUUAUGGUUGUGUCAUUUUUGUAAGGAUAUUACAAGGGCUAGUAGAGGGUGUUACCUACCCAGCCUGCCAUGGGAUCUGGAGUAAAUGGGCCCCACCACUGGAGAGGAGUCGCUUAGCCACCACCUCCUUCUGUGGCUCCUAUGCUGGUGCAGUCAUUGCAAUGCCUCUGGCUGGGAUUCUAGUUCAGUACACUGGCUGGUCCUCUGUUUUCUAUGUCUAUGGGUGUUUUGGAAUCUUUUGGUAUAUGUUCUGGAUCUUUGUGUCCUAUGAGAGUCCGGCAGAGCAUCCCACCAUCACUGAUGAAGAGCGUUUCUAUAUAGAGGAGAGCAUUGGAGAGAGUGCAAAGCUGCUUGGGCCUGCUGAAAAAUUCAAGACACCCUGGAGGAAGUUCUUCACCUCUAUGCCUGUCUAUGCAAUUAUUGUGGCCAACUUCUGCAGGAGCUGGACCUUCUACCUACUGCUUAUCAGCCAGCCAGCGUACUUUGAGGAGGUGUUUGGAUUUGAGAUCAGCAAGGUUGGCAUGCUGUCAGCGUUGCCCCAUCUGGUAAUGACCAUCAUUGUACCCAUUGGGGGGCAGAUUGCUGAUUUUCUGCGCAGUAAGAACAUCCUGUCUACCACCACUGUCAGAAAGAUCAUGAACUGUGGAGGGUUUGGGAUGGAGGCCACUCUUCUGCUGGUAGUUGGUUACUCUCACAGUAAAGGAGUGGCCAUCUCUUUCCUGGUCCUGGCUGUGGGUUUUAGCGGCUUUGCAAUAUCAGGGUUCAAUGUCAAUCACUUGGACAUUGCACCUCGCUAUGCCAGUAUCCUCAUGGGCAUCUCUAAUGGUGUGGGUACUCUUUCAGGCAUGGUGUGCCCACUCAUAGUGGGUGCAAUGACAAAACAUAAGACUCGGGAAGAGUGGCAAUACGUGUUCCUGAUCGCCUCGCUGGUCCAUUACGGAGGCGUGAUAUUCUAUGGCAUUUUUGCCUCUGGGGAGAAGCAGCCUUGGGCAGAUCCGGAGCAGACCAGUGAGGAGAAGUGUGGUUUCAUCGAUGAGGAUGAGCUGGCUGAAGAGACAGGAGACAUCACCCAGAGCUACGGAGCUCUGGGUGGGCCAGCCAAGACGUACGGAGCCACAACGCAGCUGAACGGAGGCUGGCCUGAGGGCUGGGAGAGGAGGGAGGAAUAUGUCCAGGAAGGGGCAGAGCAAGGCGGGUAUGGCUACAGCCAAGAGGGAAGUUACUCCUAG